CACAAGGGUCACCAAUGAAGGAAGACUGCCGAAAAUCUGGCGCAUGUUAAGUUAUUGGCCUCCCAAAACCUGGUAAAGACCCAAACAUAACAUCAAGCUAUCUCCUGAUAUUGCCGCUUUCUCUGUCUCUCAAGGUUCUAGAGAGCCUAAUGUUACAGUGAAUAACACCAGAGGUGGAGAACAUUUUGAAGGGCGAUCAAGCAUUCAUUCAGUGUGGUCUAAGCACAUGCAAUCAAGUACUUGCUCUAACCACAUUAAUCAAAAACGGUUUUCAAAGAAAUCUGAAAACAGGUGCUAUUUUCCUUGACCUCCCUGCAGCGUAUGAUAUGGUGUGGCACACGAGUCUACUUCUUAAAAUAUCAAGAGUCCUCCCACCCUGGGUUACUGAUGCCAUUGAACUGCUCCUCUGAGACAGAUGGUUCAGGAUGCAUGUGGGUGAGAAACCAAGUGCUUGGAAGAAAACAAAUGAACAGGUUAUGCUAGGGGUCUGUUCUAGCCCCGACCUUUUUAGUCUAUACAUCAAUGACCUGCCACCAACCCAAUUGUGGGAGCUCAUCUAUGCAGACAACAUAUGCUGCGGGCUACCAGGCUCAGACUUUCUCUGCACUGGAGAAAACCCGACAGACGAUGCUGCCAAGCUGGCCAACUAUAGCAAGACAUGGCACCUUCUGCCAAGCACCAGCAAGACAGUCUCUAGCACAUUCUGUCUCCACCAAACCACUGCUAAAAGGGAACUAACGUCAUAACGAAUGGCCGGAAGCUGAAGCAUGAAGUGAACCCUGUUUACUGAGGCGUGACUCUUGACCUUUGCUGCUGCCUUGUUCAGGUGACUUUUGCAUGUCAGCAUUCAGUCAAUACAUGCAACAACCUUCACAGCAAACUGGCAGGUUCUUCAUGGGGAGCAGAUGCACCAGCCCUAUGGACCUCAGUCCUUGGCAUGUCAAAUUCAAUAGUAGAGUACUAUGCGCCAGUAUGGAGUCGGUCAGCACACAUCAAACUUGUUGACGUGCAACUCGACUCAACAAUGUGCAUCAUCACAGGAACUCUCUGACCAACUCAUCUUUCAUGGCUUCUAGUUCUGAGCCACAUUGCUCCCCUUUACAUCACAAGGGAGAUUGCAGUUGGCAAACUGCUUGAGAAGGGUGUGAUAGGUGUACAGCUCGUGGUUACCAUGGUGAUGGCUAGUGUCAUACAGAAGAUCAUACCUCACUAUUCUCUAGCUCGUUGGCUUCUCUGUAGUGGCAGUUUACGAUGGUAUCAGCAUCCCACUGAAGAAGAAUUACGAAUUCUUGCAGGGAAGCAACAAAGGGGGAAAAGCAAAAAAGAUAGAAAAUAUAAUGGUCAUAUUGAAAAUAAACCCCUAACCAUUCCUAAGGAUAUUGAUCUUCAUCUGGAAACAAAGUCAGUUACUGAAGUGGACACUUUAGCAUUGCAUUAUUUUCCUGAAUAUCAGUGGUUGGUGGAUUUCACAGUUGCAGCUACAGUGGUGUACUUGGUAACUGAAGCCUACUACAGUUUGAUGAAGCCCUCACAGGAAAUGAAUAUCAGCAUAGUCUGGUGUCUGCUUGUUUUGGCUUUUGCCAUCAAGAUACUGUUCUCAUUGACUACUCACUACUUCAAAGUAGAAGAUGGUGGUGAAAGAUCUCUCUGUGUCACCUUUGGCUUUUUUUUCUUUGUCAAAGCCAUGGCAAUCCUUAUUGUAACUGAAAAUUAUCUAGAAUUUGGACUUGAAUCGGGGUUUUCAAAUUUUUCAGAAAGUGCUGUGCAGUUUCUUGAAAAGCAAGGUUUGGAAUCCCAGGGUCCUGUGUCUAAACUAACCUUCAAAUUGUUCCUGGCUGUUCUUUGUUCACUUAUUGGUGCUUUUUUGACAUUCCCUGGCUUACGACUGGCUCAAAUGCAUCUGGAUGCUCUGAAUUUAGCAACAGGAAAAAUAACACAAACAUUGCUGCAUAUAAACUUCUUGGCACCUUUACUUAUGGUCUUAUUGUGGGUAAAACCAAUCACCAAGGACUACAUUAUGAACCCACCUCUGGGCAAAGAGAGCGUGCCUUUAAUGUCAGAAGCAACAUUUGAUACGGUACGACUGUGGAUAAUUAUCCUAUUGUGCGCUUUACGGUUGGCCAUGAUGCGUCAACACCUGCAAGCCUACCUUAAUUUAGCACAGAAAUGUGUGGAUCAGAUGAAAAAGGAGGCUGGCAGAAUAAGUACAGUUGAUCUGCAGAAAAUGGUGGCCCGAGUAUUUUAUUACCUUUGUGUAAUUGCAUUGCAGUAUGUGGCACCUCUGGUAAUGCUGCUUCAUACAACUCUGCUUUUGAAAACAUUAGGUAAUUAUUCCUGGGGCAUCUAUCCAGAAUCUAGCUCUGACUUUCCAGUGGAGAACAGACCACUUCCCAGUUCAGUUUACUCUGACUCUCCAUCUGCUGAUGGAAAGAUGAAGGUAACUGUAGUACAAAUAACAAUGGCAUUGGGCAGCCUAAAGAACAUUUUCACUCCUCUCCUAUUCCGAGGACUCCUGUCUUUUCUCACUUGGUGGAUUGCUGCUUGCCUCUUCUCCACAAGCCUUUUUGGGCUUUUCUAUCACCAGUAUCUGACUGUGGCAUGAAUAAUCAGCUCACAAAGGAAAUGUAUGAAAUUAACUUCUCAGUUCAAACCCAUGUACCCCAGAGGGGCUGAAGAAAAAAAUGGAAGAAUGCACACGUGAAUUAAAAACACAUAUCAAGUUUUAUUCUUAAAUGCUUCCUCUGUAUUCUCAGGGUGAAUAUUAUGUUUAAAAUCACAAGUGGGUUUAACUUUUGUUACCGAAUGGUAGGUAACUAACUGCUGAAUUAUGAUAUUGGAACUGUGACUAACUUUUUUGAGUGGCUGAUAUUGGAGGGCUAGUUAAAAGAGUAGCGCCUGUGGGUACCUUGCUUUCCAUUAACACUAAGCCACCCUCAAAACUUUGUAUACUGCUUCAGUCGUUGACUGAUGACUCUUAGUGGUAUUGAGGUACAGGUAACACUCAUGGUGGCUGCCUAGUUAAACAAUCUUGAAACUGAGCCAUACAAUGAGGAGAGAAAAUAAUUUCUGUUGGAACGAUAUUGAUCACUUUUCUGUUUGAAAAGCAAAAAAAAUCCAACAGGACAAAAGAAAUACUGUAUAUUACAGUGAAGAAAGCUAUGUAAUAUUUGAAUUUAGGGUAGGAACAAAUGCAUGGACUCUGCAAGUAUUGCUGCUGAAGAAAUGCAGGAAUGCUCAUGUGUAAGAAGAAUAUUAUAAAAUAUAUAUAUUGUUUCAAUCCCUGCAGCCAUUUUAAAAUAAUGAAUGGCCAUAUAAACCCUUGCAAGUACAGUAUUGGUGCUACUGUUGAUCCACAGAUUCCAUUUGGGUCUUUUAAAUUUCAUUUUUCCAGGUAAUAGAUAAAUUCCAUUGAAUUCACAAAAUAUUUGGAAUAGAUUAUCAACACUGAUCAAACUGUUUAAAAAGAAUAACUAUAAUCCUGCUGAGUGUGUAUGUAUCUGUAAGUAUAUAUAAAUAUAUAUUAUAUAUUAAAUAUAUAAUAUAUAUGGAGUCUAUAAAAAUAAAUAUUGAAUCUUUAAGUUUGCUGAAUGUAUGUUACAGGGCAGUGGGACAGGGACAUAUAUGUACCUAAUAAGUUCAAGUUCUCUUUUUGAAUGAAAAUUAAUUUUUUUUUUUUGAAAAUUCAGCUGGAAGGGCUAUUUUUUGGUGCCUCUACAAAGGUAUUUAACUUUAAUAAAGAACCUUUGAGUUUUAUUGAAAGAGAUUGACCCAGAAUCUUAUCUUUCCUGCUCUGUGUGAUCUUUGUUUGUUAGUCUAAUGUGAGGUUACCCCGCUGAUGUAGAAAUAUUGAACAUCUUUUAGUCUCAGAAAUAUAUUUUCUGUACAUAAGUUUUAAAGCGUAUAGUAAGGAGGAGUAAAGUAUUAAUUUGACAAGUUUUGUUCAGUUUGAAUAACAGUUCCUAAGUGGAGUAUUUUGAGAACAAAUUAGAAGGACAGCUUUUUUUUUUUCAGUUGCUUUGUGUAUACUGUAAUCAGAAAUGCAGGAUUGGGAAUUAAUGUGGGGUAACUUUUUUUUAAAAUUUUACUUUAAAAAAAAAAAAGUGCACUGCAGAAAGAUAUCUCAGUGUUUAGUAUGAGAAAGUAAUAUUAGCCUUACAUAGAAAAUAUGGGUAAUGGUUUUGGGUUUCUUUGAAUUAUUUGUGUAAAACUUGGAAUAUAGUAAACAAAUGGAAAGACUGUUACAAAAUGCUUAAUUUAAAUGUUCUAAAUCUGUGGUAUGGGAAAACAAAGCAUCAAAGAAUACUGAAAAUUAAGGAUUUUAGAUAAUUAUCCAUUCUUCUCUCUCCAUCAAAUAGUUUUGAAAGCAUUCAAAAAUAUUUUAGCUCAUUUUCUGUUACCAUAAUAAGGUUUAUAUACCACUACUUCUCACCUGCAUCCCCCACUGCACGCACACGCCCUCUUAAAUAUCCUGACAAACCUCUUAGAUCCUGCCAGUUACCGUAGGAGUAUAGUACUUCAUAGCUAACAGUGCUGUAAACUUCGCUUAUACCCUAAUUUUUAAUAGGUGAUAGUGGCAACCACUAUCUGAAUGGCCUAAAGAAUAUUUGACUUCAUAGAUUCAAAACUUGAAACAUUCCUAUGAAAAAUGCCCUUUCAGAUGAUUGACAGAUAGGUCCAGCAAUACUGGACCGGCCCAUUUGCUGGGUGUGUGUUGUAUAUGAUUAGCAAUGAAAGAAUAAGGUAGCCUUAUUCUUAGGGCCCUACCAAAUUCAUGGUCCAUUUUGGUCAAUAUCAGGGUUAUAGGAUUUUAAAAAUCAGUCAGUUUGUCUUACUGACUGAUCAAACUGAUAUACCUGGAGAAUUGACUUUGAUAAAUCAAGAAACAGCUUGAUUGUCUUUCUAUCUUUGUUCUGAUUACCAUUUCUAGCCAUUGCUUCUUGAAUGUUGCAUCCAACCCUGUGGUCCUGCAGGUUUCCGGUUGGCUAUGGGUGGAAGAUAUUCUCUCUUCAGUGACUUUCAUUGACUUAGAAUCUUGCAUAAUCCAUGGGACUUCUUCUACAAAACCUAUCUAGGUCAGAAAAUCUUUCUGACAUGGGGGAAAUGGACAAAAAAGAAGUAAAAAAGGACAUUACUAUAGUGAUGAGUAUGGUAUAAAAUAGGUCUGUUGACCUAUAGUUGAAUGGCAUCUUCAUGAGCAAAUGAAUAACCUGUUUUGUGCUUCAUAUUAAGUCAUUUCUAGUUAUCUUUUACCCUUGUGUAUCUGUCUGCCAUUCUCAACAGUAACCUAUAAAGGAAAAAGUAGGUUUGUGCUCUUUUUUGUUGUUGUUGCAUCUUUAUUAUGUAUAAAGAAGGCUUAUGGGGUAUGGACUUUGGCAGGAGUUCUCCUUCUUUACAUUAAAAAAAAAUAAGGUUUUCUUCGUUUCUCUUGGAGGAUUAUAUGGAUAGCUGCAGAAAACUAAUAGGUUUCAGAAAUACAAAGCAAGUAAUUCCCUGACUGAGAGAAAGCAGUUUUUAGUCAGGCUGCUUAAAAUGUUGUGUGGCUUUCUUCACAAAUUACCUCUUUCUGAGAAAAAGAACUGGGAGAUAAGAUGUCUUUGGUAAAGAUUCAACAGCCCUGUCCAUUCAGUUAAGAAGAUGUGGCUUGUGAGCCAAAGGACUUGACUAGAGAGUGUGAUUUUUUUAAAACCCACUAUUUUAACUAAAUUGAAGUUUUUGUCUUAAUUGAGUUUGUGGCUUAUUUCAGUUUAACUUGAUCUGUUUAUUUUUUACAAGAUUAAACUAAACUGAAAUAAGAAUAGCAAACCACAAACUUGCACAAGUUUAACUAAAUUGGUUAAAAUAAUAUCUUUUUAGUUAAAUGGGUGUGUCUAGACCAGGCUUGAGACCUCUGAGUUCUCAUCAAAAAGUAGGGAAGAUCAGCUGUGACAUUCCUGAUAGGAACUCUUUUUAAGCUUAGAAAUGUUUUUUAUACAUCAUAGGAAAGGAGAAAAAGUCAUAAACCAGCAUUUUUCACUUUGCAGGGUACCUUGGAGUGCCUUUUGGGCUGUACUAUCAUCAUGUGUAUAUUUCAGUAAUUGAAGAGGUCUUUGGGAUUUCCCAGCUGCCCAAAAGUUUGCAGUUGUUUGCAACCACAAAUUCUGUGUCCUCUUUUUCUCUCUCUUUUUUUUUUUUUUUAAACCUCUUUCUUACAUAAGAAUCAAUUGGUACAACAAAGGAAAAGGGCAUUUGGUAUCAGUGAGAGAGAAUGAACAGCAUUAUAUGGAAGAAGAGCUGCCUUAGAAGAUUCAUUGCUUAAACCCAGUGUUACAUAACAUCAAUCCUUUAUUCAAAGGAGAUGGAGAACUUGUGAAUAGGAAUUACACACUUAUGCCCUAAUUAUAAAGUCAAACUUACCUAGAAGCAAGCAGUGUGCCAUGAAGAUACGUGUUAGCUGUCUAAACCACAACGCUCAACUUCUGAGUAUAUAGUAUGGUUAUUGAAUACAGAAAAUCCUAGCUAAUCUCAUCCAAACACCUGUCUGUCUCUCUUUACGUCAGCCACCCAUGGGCGCAGAAUUCACCAUUGCUAAUUGAGGUCUUAGGUUUAAUAUUUUUAAAUAAACUUAUGACUAUGAAAAUUGUCCUCAUAGAUAACAAUAUUGUGAAGUUAGUGGUGCCAUAAAAUGGAAGCCCUUACACCUUUUUAUUCUCAAAGACCCUUAGUGUUAUACUUUUCCCUUUUAAGCAUUAGCUCACUUUCCAUAGAGGAACUUUGUGUUAUGCGAACCAAUAGCCCCCAAAUUUAGUACUGCACAUAGUCUAUUGCCAUUGCUUUUUUCCCCCCACAAAGCUCCUAAACAUUUUACUCAUGCUUGAAGAACAAUGUCCAUAGUAAAAAUAGAAAUAAUGAAUGAAAAUACUCAAAGGCCAAAGGAGCUGAAGUGUUUUAUCUUAAGGAAAUGUUCCUAAGUCAGAGUGGGAUCUUAAUAAAAGGAAGAGAGCAGAUUACUAGUGUUCUGAAUUUUAAGAUGAACAUUUACUAUAAAAUAACAAAUAAACUGUUAUUUUAAUCUACAGCUUAAAUCCCCCCAAAGAAGUAUUAAGGGCAAAAUCUUGGGCUCUCUGAUAAAGGCGUACUCUCCGUAGAGUACAAGUGUUACAGAAAUAUUGGAUACACUGUCCUGUUGUUGGGCAAGAUGGCUUAGGACAGCCAGUCACGCUGUACAGUGACAUGCAGGUUGCUUCUCCUUUGAAAAGCAUCAGCAUGCCCACCAGUAGUACAGCACCACACAGUGUUGCCACCUAGUUGUCAUUCCCAGCGUGAGGUGGGAUGGGAAAAGCCUCCCGAAGUGGUUCUUACUCACUAGCAUGCCCACAUUGCACCAGUCAGGAUUUUGCUGUAAGGCUUCCUUGCUGCAGUCUGCUCAAAUUUUUUACAAGGAAGUUUAAAUUUCGCUUUUCCACAAAGUCUCUAACUUUUGAGGCGAUUUGCUGAAGCCCAGAGAAAAGUAAACCACAAACCAAGUCUUUUUUGAAAUCUCCCAUUAUUGGUUGUCAGGUGAAUAAUGAUGUACUGGCCAUUGUUUUGAGAACCAGUAUAUAUGUAUUUUUAUACCUUUGUUGUAACAGUGUUUUUAAUGUUUUUAAGUUUUAAUGUUUUUAAGUUUAUUUGUAAUCCUGAUGCCAUGGAACAUGUCCUCGUGUUUAUUCAUGUCAGUGCCUCCAAUUAGAUCAACUGUUUCUACAUGUUGAUUCUUGUUUAAACUUGAAGCCCAGAUUGAUAAAUUUAUAACAAGUAUAAGCUUAAUAAGUAUAUACUUAUAUAAUAAUAUAUAUUAAGUAUAUACUUAAUUAAGAAGUAUAAUUUAUAACAAGUACAACUCGGUAUCAGUCUGUAAAUGCCAAACAGUUCUUUAGGUUUAGAUUCCCAUUAUUCAAAAUCAGGAAAUGGAAGAAGCUGAGAUCUGUAAUAUCUCUUAACAACACAGUAUGUUCAUGACUUUGGUAUAACAUUCGUGGGGGAAUCCUGUGCUAAAAAAAUUAAAAUUCUGUGCAGAAUAUUUUAAAAUAUUGCAUAUUUUGUCAAAAUAAUGCCAUAUGACCAUGUCAGUUUCAAUUAUUUUGGUAAUUUAUUUAAACUACAAUACAAUGCAUGGAGAAAGGAAGUAGGGAGUGUUGGAGGAGAUCCCCAAAUUCCCUUUGUCUAAUCAUAUGUCGCUAGGUUUGACCUUUUUAGUUCUAGUUAUUAGUCAACAAAUAUAUGCAUCCGUAUGCUCAGUAUUACAUCGUAGGCAACUGAAGAGCACGUGAAGGCUGGGAAUUCAAACUCACAAUUUAUAUUAGCUACUGACCAUUUCCAGAAAGGCCGACAGUAAACAGUUCUUGGAGCACAUUUUGAUAGGAAAAUUUUUCAGUCCAAACAUUUUGAGCAGUUCUAAUCACUAAAGCACCAUAAGCAUUGAUAAGGCUGUUUUAUGCUCCUGAGGGGAAUUCACUAAGAAUGGGAACAGUUCACUAACAAUGAUGGGAACAACUAAGCUGGCAGGCUGCUACAUUCUGCUCUGAGGGGACAGAGUCUACCUCACACAUACCUCCAAACACCCAGAAGCCCUACCCCUCCACAUGGGAUGCACCACAAUAGCGAGUGAGAGGGACAAAGUCUCUUUUGCUUGCAUGCCUGCACACCCAGCCCCCACUCUCUCACAGUGAUUUACAUCUCCACUGGCUGCUCCAGGUACCCAAGCCAACAUGCCCAAGGGGCGAGUGACUGCUCUUGCAGCUUCCCUUUGCUUCCCUGUCAAAAGUCAUUUUUCUGCAGGAAAGCAAAACAUUUUUGCGGGGGAUAUGAAUUGUACACGUGCACAGUGGCACAGAAUCCCUCCAGGAGCACAAGUAGUAAACCUCCUGUAGCAUUUAAAGAAGCAACUUUUCGAAAAGUCUUACUGGUUGGCCAUUUUCAAUUACUUUGUGUGAUAGUUUUGCUGUAUUUUUGAAACCUGAUUUAUGAUGUUUUAUGCUUAUAAAACCAGGCUUUGCCCUAAUUUUCAGUAUUCUUUGUAACUUUGUUUACCUCUUAUGUACUAUUGUCUUAUGUACUUCAAAAGCAGAUGGGUAUUUACAAUAUUUUUCAUAAAAGGUAAAACAAAGAAAAGUAUACCAAAAAUUCCUUUUUGUAAAUCUGAUUCUUACAUGUGUAAACAUGGUGUGCCAACAAAAACUGUAUUUCUCCUGUUUCUGGUUUUCCUGUCUUAACUAAAGUGGAAUAUGGGCAUGAUUUAUCUUGCAUUGUCAUAAUAUGAGUAGAUAAACAUUUUUGAGAACAUUUAUCUGUGGCAGAAAUGUGGGGGAGGGGAACCCGCUUUUAUCCUAGUAUAUCAUUCCCUUUUAAGUAUAAGGACAUAUUUGUACUUAAAAAUACUAUUACAUUGUUUAGGCCCAGAAUUUCACUGAAGUUAAAAUUGUUGUAAACUGUAAAUUAUUGCAAACUGUACAUGUCUCCAGACUGUAAAUAUUUUUUAAAUCUAUCAUAGUUACUGGGAACUUUAAAAAUUAAUAUUUUAUGUAUAACCUGACAAUUGUUGCUCUGUUGCUACUGAAAUAGCUUUUGUUAGCAAAGGGUACAUAGAUCAACACAUCCUGUUCCUAGAACUAUGCUGGCAUUGACAAUAUUGAUGCUCACAAAGCAAAUUAUCUGUAACAGACUGUGACCAAGAGAUGAAAAAUCUUUAUUUGCCCAUGGAAAAGGUCAAAAUUUACGGGAAACUUCCAAGUCCCCCUCUCUAGAUUAGGGUAGGUUUUCAAAAAUUUCCCACUUACACUUUGAGUUCCACCAUCUUGGCAAGAUUAAGCACCUUCAUUUGAUUGUCUACCAGUUAUCACUGUUUUAAAACACCAUAUUGAUUAGAGCUGCUCUGAGCAAAGUUACAUGACGUGGUGCUUUAAAAUCAGGCACACCACCUAUGCUGUACUGCAGAAGGCUCCCAAAAGUUGAUAACAUAGUGGAACCUAACUGGUAUUGGCAAAGUUGCAUCAUUUAAAAAAAAAAAAAACAACCCCAAAAACCAGAGGAUAAGGGUACAAUAUUACCAAUGUCUACACAAAGAACAAACUCCAUCUUCUGUGCAUGCAAGGUGUUACUAAAGUGCCUGGACCUGCACAUCCUAGAGCAGAUACUAGGAAUGACAUUUUCAAGCAGACAUUUUCUAAAGUUGUGCACAUGCCUUUGUGCUUCUCUUGGUAGGUAUGCAUACCUAGAAGAUAGCCUGCAUUUUCUUAAAAAGAGAUCAGCCAGUCUGUAAAAACUUGCCAUGGGAAUUUAAUUUUAACUCAUUGAAAUAUGUGUGUGUAUAUGUAUAGAUGGAUGAUGUGGAAAAAUAAAUUCUCAUGGCUAAUAUUUUAACUCUAUAUACCUUUUUAUUUCCAAUAAGUUUAUUUUUUGCUUUUAUUGCAUAAAUAUUCCAAGAAUUCUGCCUUCCCUUUACUGUAUUUGUAAGAACACCUCAGUUCUUCUUACACUUUCACACUUUUUCCAUACUUGAGAUUAAAGAAAUUACAAUUCUGUACCGUUAGGACUGUCUGCAAUGGAAUGGUUGACUUUGAAAGAAGUUUAACACCUGCUUUGCUACAAGUUUAUAGUUUGAGCUCCAGUCCUGCAAGGACUUACGUAUUUAACUUGAUCUCAAUGGGACUAUUCAUGAGCAUUAAUGAGAUGAAACCUAGAAUACAAAAGAGCAGGAAUUACUUGGACGUAUGGAGCUGAACAUAAUGGAUCCAAAACAGGAGACCAGUGUUAACUGUUGUACAGUUUUUUAAAUUUUGUAUUUUUAAUAACAGCCUUAUGUACUGUUGAAUGCUUUUGUUAGGACAGUGGGCUGCCAGCUUGACUUUUAACUAUCUUUUAUAAGAAUUUGCAUGCUUUAAAUUUUAAGAUUAAAAAACUCUAUCAAACAUGAUCAGUCUGAUUCAGCAGAAAAAAAGUGAUGAAAUAAACAUUUUUAGAUUCCUAGUCUGGAGGUAAUUAUUCUGCAUGUUACCUGUAAAGUGCUUGUAACUUGAACUGUUUGCAUUGAAUUAAGUCUGUACCAAAGGAAGCACUCCUUAAAGGAAGCCUUAUAGUGUGAGCUUUUAGCUCUAAAAAAUGGCUUUAGCAAUUAGUAUAUUUAAUGUAUAUAGCACAUGGUUUGGGGAAAACUUGUUCCUGUAAGCUACUAUACAUUAGGUUUUUUUACACUGUGUGUAAGAAAUUAUGUUGCUUAUUGCUGCUAAUGGUUUAUCUGGAGAAUUUAAGAUGAUUUUCUAUCUUGCUUGAAAAGUGUUAGCAUGUGUCAGGCAGCAUUUUCCUAAUGUUGAUGAACAUAGUAAUAAAGCUCACUAAGUUUCAAUGUUAAUUUAAUAAAAUUCUGUGAAAUACAAAGA